ACCUGUAAUUAUUUUAUAUACAUACUAUAGCAGUUGCCGUUAUAUUUCCUGCAUAAAUUACCAAUACAAUAAUACAAAAUCGAUUAUUGAUCGAUAACCAGAUUUACUAAUAGAUUCGUAAAAUGUGUAAAGAACGCGUACAUGUAAAAUUAUCGGUUCUGAUAACAGAAACUUGACAUGAGAUAAAUCGUUCGACCGUUUUUGCCGAUUUCUGAUAAGAAUUUUAUUAAAGAGAAAGCAAUAAUGAGCUUUUAGUAACCAUAAUCAUGUCCGGGUCAGAGGAAACAUUCCAACGUAUUCAGCGUGAAAUUUCGGAAGUUGUUCAAAGGGAAAAGGAGUUAAAAAAUAAUUACGCUCGUUCUCAAUCAACUUCAGCCCUUUUGGAUCACAACACAACGCUAUUAUCAAAUGGAAGUAAUGGAAGCAGUGUUAAUGGGGACAGUUUAAGUAUUAAUAAUGAAGAAAUAAAUGUUUCAUAUGAAAGAGCUCACUCUGUAUCUUCUGUAAAUGAAAGAAAAACUAGUGUUGACAACAACAGGCUUUUUAAACCAAACACCACUAGUAAGGGUGUCAUGCAUAGAUUUAUUAAGUCCAGGGGUAAAGUACAAGGAUUUUCGCCAAUAUCUAAUGGUGCAAAAACUCCAUCAGAUACAUGGAACAACUCUGAUGUGAUAGAACCCCCCAAAGUACAGCCAGGCAAAUCACCACGCAAUGGCUUUGUUCCGGUUGAAGAACGAAUUAGGCGUGAAUUUGAAGAGAUGCAGCUUCGAGAACGAGAACUGAAAACCGAAAGAAGAAAAUCACAGCCGGACUUAAUGAUUGCUAUAGACGAACCCCCAUCACCGCCCCCUGAACAUGCUUCUAUAAGAUCAGCAAAAUCGUUUACUCAUUUGAACGAAUUGGAAGAUUUCACCGACGUUUCCGCGCCUGUUUCAUUAAAAUCAGCACGAUCUUUAGCUGAAUUAUGCGACGUUGAAAACGAUGAAGAACUGCAAACACCAAGCAACCUCAUACGCCAAUGGGAGAGCAUCAUACAAAAAAAUCAACAGGUUCGCAUUUAAAUUAAAAAUAAAUGGGUUAUGCCAUGAUUAAUCAACUCUACUUAUUAGUUUGUAAAAUUAAUUGUUUCAGGGAAAACAAUGUCUACUAACUGUAAUGCGCUUAUGUAACAUUCCUUUUGUUAUAUUUACCUAUGUAAUAGUGCUUUGAUGCGAUUAGUUUCAUGAGGGAACAUAUAAAAAAGUUACAUAUGUGAUAAAAUUAAAUUGAUAAAGUUUAAGUAUUUAGCGACAUUUUCAAGUAUUUAUACUUUAAAAUGAAACGUUGCCUUAUUUAUUGUAAUGGGUAUCAUAUUAUAUAGACUUAGGAAUAUAAAAUUAAAUUAAUGUGCCUUCUGUAUGUUCCUAAAUUUCACCAUUAAGGUCAAAUAAGAAUGCGAAAGUCUGUAAUAUUUUUUAACUUAAUAUAUAUUUGCCAAUAUUACAUACAUAAGUUGUAAUAUUGCUGUAUUUAUAAUGCGAUUAUUUAUUAUCAAAAACUAUCUAAACUUGUCCCUGGUGCAACACUUUUGUCAGUUUCAAUUUUAUUUAUGCCUAAUCUAAUCUGCUAAUUUUAUCUUUAUCUUGCCAAAAUAUUGUUAAAUUGCUACUGCUCUUAUUAAUACUGCUUCUG